GAGCGUGGCCUAAGUCGCAAACCGCGCCAUCUACCAUCGUCAUCCGCCGCACUGUCCUGUUGCUGUCUUCGGCAAGAAGCUGCUGAGUUUGUGUACUCGAGCACCUCGACGACGCUUCGACCCCGCGCCCCUUCCACGGCUUCGACCACGUCCACCUCGACUUCGGCUACUACGGCACUAAAAGUCUAUCAUCUGCAUGAGUCUCCAGUCAAAGCUUUCGCACCGGCAUUCCGACUGCAGGGGGGAUACAUCUCCAUUGUUCUCCAGUCUAACUGUUCGUGUUGCUACCGCUACGACUGCGGGGGGAUGUUAGAGUAUAUUAGGCAACUCCGGAUAUGGUUAGUUUAGGAUUGAUUGUAAUCCCGGGAUAACCUUCCUUAUCUCUAGAAGAGGCUACUUGCCCUCCAAGCCAUGUACUCCUAUAUAUUCGCCCUAGGGGCUCAAUGCAAUACAUCGACCACAUUAUACGCAUCCUACUUUCUUACUGCAACCUAGGGGCUUCCUUUUUUUGGAGACUUAUUAGCAGACUAGCCUAGUUGAACCGUAAUAUUUCAGACUUUCACAUUUAUUUUAGGCUACUGAAGAUGCACGUAAAGUGGCUGAAGAGGAAAGGGCUCUUGCGCUUGCUGAAAUUGAAAAGGCUAGAGCUGCAAUAGAAAAGGUUGAGAAAGCAUUGCAGGUGCAUGAUUCUGCUUCAAGUAGCAGGGAGAAGGAGGAGAUAGAGGAACUUAGGAAAGAGGUCCGAGAGGCUAGGAGAAUAAAAAUGCUACACCAGCCAAGCAAGGUCAUGGACAUGGAGUUUGAACUUAAGGCACUGCGGACCCUCAUCUCAGAGAAAACUCAGCUUUGCAAUCAGCUAAAGAAAGAGCUUGCCAUGAUCAAGAGGCUGGAGGAGGAUAGUUCCGACCUCUUUGAGCUUGAAGGUUCUGAUACCCUUGGAUCACAGUUUUGUAUUAUCCCUCGAGUUGAUGGUGCUCCAAACAUCACAAACUGUCCAAUUCAGUGGUACCGCGUAAUUUCUGGAGGCACCAGAGAGCUCAUAUCCGGAGCAACAAAAUUUACAUAUGCUCCGGAACCGUUUGAUGUUGGUCGAUUAUUGCAAGCAGAGAUAGUUUUGAAUUCAGAUAAAAUUAUAGUUCAGACAGAUGGUCCUAUAGAGAAUGCUGCAGGACUUGAACGUUAUGUGGACUCACUAAUGAGAAGGACAGAUAUUGAGUUCAAUGUGGUAGUCGCCCAUAUGAAUGGGAAGGAUUACUCAUCAAAUUCUGUCCAUGUACUUCACAUUGGAAAGCUAAGAAUAAAACUCCGAAAAGGAUGGUCUACAAAAGCAAGAGAAUCGUAUUCUACUACGAUGAAGCUAUGUGGGAGCCGUGGUGGCGGUAAUGCUGCAGCUAGGGCAGUUUUCUGGCAAGCCAGGAAAGGCUUGUCCUAUACUCUAGCUUUCGAAACAGACAGGGACAGGAAUGCUGCCAUUAUGAUUGCUCGCAAAUUUGCUUCAAAUUGCAAUGUCGCUCUCACUGGCCCAGGCAAUCAAUUCACCUGAUGAAGUGAUCAUGCAUGUUUUUGACAGUGACACAGUACAUAAUUAGGGUGUGGAUUGGCUGAUUGGGUGGUUGUCCACUAGAGGUUGUACACUGCGUGAGGCUUUCCCCUUUUCAUAUGUUUUAUGGAAGCAUUGUUUUUGUUUGCCUGCCAGAUGUGCAAAUCGAUCACUGUUCUUGUGCGUUAAGCCUGUAAUACUGAGCGGAAUAGGCUUGGUCGUUAGUCUCGCUGGGAGACUUACCUUAUUGAGUUACCAAGAUGUACAGACAGCUGGUCUCCCGAAGUCAUAUUAUUGAUGUUAUUCAGGUGGUAUUUAGUGGAUUUGUGAUGUGUGGA